ACACCGCCGCCUGCGGCAGACAGAAACGGCCAUCCCACUGAGGCCAGGCGGGGCCAGGCAGCAGAGGGAAGAAGCUCACCAUUAAGUGCCCUCACCUGCUCCGCCGCCCGCACUACGGCCGCCACGUCCUGCAAGAGACAUCACCCCCUUAGCACCGAAGCCGCGCCGCCUCGGCGGCGAGCAGCGCUCCGCGCCUCACCGUUAGGAAGCAGGGCGCUGCGAGGUGGCAGUGGCAGUCCACCGGCCCCGCCGCCGCCAUGCCGCGCCCCGCGCUGAGGGGAAGAGGCGGAGAGGCCGCGGGGUCUGCUUCCGGGCCGACAUCUUCCCCGCGUCCGAGGCGGGAAAUGGCGGCGGGCCUGGCGCCGCCGUUGUUGCUGCAGCCGCCGCGGGAGAAGGGCGCGGGGCCGUCGCUCAGCUUGGCCGCCGCAGCCCCGCAGGACGUGAGGGUGCGGUGCUGCUCGCGGCGCGGCCUGGGCGAGGUGGUGGCGCUCUGCGCGCCCUUCGUGCGGGCCCUGGCCAAGGGGCAGCCGGGCGAGGCCGCCGCCGCCGAGGACGCGCUCUGGAACUUCGAAACAGCGGUGCGGGAGAACGUGACCAUUAAUGGGGAGCCCUGGGAGGAGACUUCCAAUGAUUCCGAGCCGUAUAGUGGUUCCAACAUGAGAUUCCUUGAUGAUCAAUUUGAGGAACUAGUAGUGGAGACAACAAAAAAACGUAAGCAGUGGCCUAAAAAGAUCCUGAAGCAUGCUGUCCAAACGUAUAAAGCAGAGCAAGAAAUGUUGAAGCUCUACCAGCCUUUUGUAGCACCAGAAGAGAUAAGGACACAGCCUUCUCAAGAUGCUUACAUCGCAGAUUUGAAGCAGAUGACAGAAAAGGUAUUCAAAGAGAUCGGUGGAGCAAUGAAGUCUCUCCCAGCGCUCAUAGAAAGAGCAGAAGGUUUUUCCCAAGUGUUGACUUGGCAACCCACCUUGGAACUCUGCAGGCUGCGGCAAGAAGUCUUUUCUGGUUGCAAGGCAAAACAGGAAAACACUGUCCAAAAUUCUGUAUCACAAGAAGUCACCCCAACAGAUGCUGAUACCAGGAAAAAUCCUUAUGUAUUGCUAAAACGAAAAAAGACUGCAAGCUCACCGGAAAGGAGACGCUAUCCACUUCGGAGGAAGAUUGCUUUCAUGGCAUGAAUCGAUCAUUUAGUGUUUUCAGGUUGGAAUCUUACUUCAAUCUGCUCAGUGUUUCUUCUUGAAACUGCCUCCUCUCUAAUUCACUGCUACACAUAAGAGCUUCCUUAAUUAUUUAGUCCUUGAUCCUUCUAAAUAUUUGUGGUUUUGCUCUCACACUGAUGAUGUGUGAAGGCCAUACACAUAGCAGUAGCAUCUGAUAGCCAGCAAAUUACCAAUUAACUCAUUUUAUGCUCUUUUGUUACCGCAUUUAGCUUGAGUCCUCAUGCUUCUCAGAGUUAUUGUGCAUCUUUGAUGUGUGUGAGCAGUCUUUUAGUAAAACCACUGAGUGCUUAUUUACAUGUCUAAAGAGGUUGGAGAAUGUGUGGUUCUCUUAGUACACCUUCCUUUAUUACUGAGUAGGGUGGACAUCUUUUUAAUACGUUAGUUUUAAAAGAAAUUAGCAUAUUGAAAACACCAGAUGGGAUGUGUUACAGUGUUUAUUAAAACCACACACAAAUGUGACAUCAGUUCCCGCUGUUCCACCUUCCCUGAAGUUAGAUCAGUUGUGUUUAUUUAUAGUCAUGAACUUGGACUUUUAAUAAUUGUAUGUAUUUAUUUUACAGUGUGCUACUCUGAGCAAGGCUUUGCCCAUCCACAUUUUACCAUCUUAUAUUUCAUAUAAUCCAGUUAGGCAAUCUGAGUGGUUCAUGGACAAUAUUUCCACACAUUAUGCAUUUGUGGUGUUUGACUAAACUUUAAAGGUCAGAGUAGGCCACCAGUAAGUGGUACUAAGUUGAGCUAGCUUACUUUUCUUUUUUUUUUUUUACACAUUGACACCAUUGCAUAGUAGGACUAAGUUGAGCAUUGUGCCUUAACCAUUCUUCACUUAUUUUUGGUUUGGAUUGCAUGUGCUUGCAGUAAAUACUCAUGUCUAGUACUUAGGCUAUUCCUCACACAGUAAAUGGAGGGCUUUUGUAGACUCUUUAUUAAUGAGAUUCUUAUGGUGAGAAAUUGGACCUAUUGGGUCGAGAAAAUGUGUGAUAGAUUUUUAGCACUGUUUCUUUUGUGAAGGCAAACAUCUUUACUAAGACUUUAUAUAUUUAAGGGUAUGUAAAUAUUUGCUUCCUAUUGCUCUUGUAUAUACAAAUGUUGGAUUUUAUACAAAGUAAACUAAAUAAAGGAGAUUAAAGUUGCAGGUA